CUACUGUACCGCGACUGCCUGCUGUAAGAUUGGCAAGAUUUGCUCCGGCUCGGGCGGCGGCGGCGGCGGCGGUGGUGGUUCCGGUGGCGGUUCCGGUGGCGGGUCUGGGUCCGGCACCUGUGGUGUUUCUCAGGCAGUUUGCGACGACGGCUGCAUGCCUCUCGGCAACGUCUGCUGCAACGAUGGCACUGGCUCUUGCAAGGCCGGCUACUACUGCACGGCCACCGCCUGCUGCCGAAUCGGCCAGACUUGCGAUGAGCCUCCUUCCAACCCCAGCGGCACCGUGGGAGGCGGAGGCGGCGGCGGCGGCGUAACUGCGACGUCGACUUCUAAGCCCUUUGGCGGCGUCACCAGCUUGCCCACUGCCACUUCUGACGACGACACCUUCAUCUUCGGUCCGACAACGACCAGCGAUGACGACUCGACCUCGACCUCCUCUCGCAGUUCGACCAGAAGCUCGACCAGAAGCUCGACCUCCACAUCCGCCACGGCUGCCACCACUCCCGGCUCGUUGGGCGGCUCGGCUCCUCCUCCGCCCCCUGGUGCUGGUGCUCAGCUCGAGCCCAACGCGAAGCUUGCCGCCGGCAUCGUUGGCGCCGUCGCUGGUGUCGCUGCCAUGCUCUUCUAAGUCAUCCAUCGCCACUGACUAAACAACCAAGCCAGGUGUCCGUGGUCACACCUUGCGCGGAGAAGUGGAGGAUAUAAUAGUGAUCUAGGUCCCCUUUUUAUUAUUUGAUGAUUCAUGUCCUGUUCCUGGCUCGUACAGACUCAAAUAUACCCCAAAUUAUCCCCCAAUUUCAUGAGGUUCUCAUUUCGGCGCGCUGAACGUCGGAGAGAAGACGAAAGAUUGCACAACUAUUUAGUGGAGUAAAUUGCCUCGCCGCACAUAAUAUCAAACCAAUACUCUUCAUGGC